AAAAUAUUCCCUGUAUCCACAUCCACACCGAAAAGCGUGGUUUCCACGCGACCACCAUAUGCUCCUAUAAGUACGCCCACCCGCCCCUCACCCUAAAAAGUAAAAUCUCCAAUACGACGACGAACAAAAAUGCAAUCGCUUCAGGAGAAAGCGUCGGAAUGGAGUGGGGUCCACCCAGACGAUGCUUUCGUCAUUGAUGAAACCAAUCUCUACGAUAAGCUUGGCCUUCAGACUUUCAUUACCCUCUCCACUAACUUUUACAACAGGGUUUAUGAUGAUGAAGAAGAGUGGUUUAGAACAAUUUUUGCAAAUUCCAAAAAGGAAGAUGCCAUUCAAAACCAAUAUGAGUUCUUUGUACAAAGAAUGGGGGGACCUCCAUUGUUCAGCCAAAGAAGAGUCGGCCGGGCUUUUUCAACAGGCCAUCCUGCUUUGAUUGCACGCCAUCGUCCGUUCUCUGUCACUCACUUGGCUGCAGAGAGGUGGUUGCACCACAUGCAGCAAGCGUUGGACACCACUUCAGAUAUUGAUCCGGACUCCAAGACCAAAAUGAUGAAUUUUUUCAGGCACACUGCAUUUUUUCUUGUGGCGGGAGAUGAGUUGAAGAAACAGAGACAGGGAAUUGCUUGCAAGCAUGCAGCUGCUAAACCCUCAGAGUCUACAGCAUAAUUAUUUUGAGUAAAAUUGCUAAUUUGAUUCAUGUGACCAAAAACAAUUGGGAUUCUACCAAGCAGAUAGAAUGACAACGUUGGUUGAGGAAAAAAAAUACAUCAAAUAUGGGAAGAAUUUGGGGGCUCGCAAAUUCUGUUGAAUGAGCCUCUCUCACUUGUAAGAUUGCUGAUAAGCAAUGGACCUAGAAUUUGUUACUUUAUUAGAUGAUUGCAUAAUUUAAUGGCUAAAUAACAAAAACAACCCGUGAGAUUCCUCAUUAUUAUGAGUAAUUAGUUCCAGACAUGUCCCAGAAUUAUGUAUGAACUCUCUGGCUUCCCAUGAGCUUAUAUUUACUCGAUAACCUACCUUUUAAUUAGCCUUAAACUGGUCAGAUAUAUAUUCAUUAACUACUUUAGUCUAA